AUGUUUAUUAAUCCACUAUCUAAAGCCAAAUGUAUUCUAACCGUUGAGAACAUCGAAAAAGCUAUUAAACCAUAUAUUCGUAAUCUACCUCGUGAAUUACCAGACAAUAUCCCAAAUGAUGUUUCUGACAUUUCAACUUAUUUAAAGUUU